CCCUCCUCGCCACUACCCUUCACAAUGCCAGCAGAGCAGCCGCAGGUCGAACGCAUCGGCCGCCCCUAUCCCUCCCGCACCAACGUCUCCCAGGCCUGCGAGUCGUGCCGCAAGCGCAAGGCGCGGUGCAGCGGCGACCGCCCAGCAUGCAUCGCAUGCGCCAAGCAGGGUCGCGAGUGCGUGUACGCCGAGCACGGGGACAAGCGGCGCUCCGAGCGGUCCGGCACGGGCGACAAGUCGGCGUCCCCCGGCCCGUCUGUGUCGGAAGCAUCGUCGCUGGUGCGCGACGACGCCAUGGCGGUGCUCACACCGCUCGGGGAUGCACUCGACGAGCCCGCCGACGACGCACACGACCCGUGGGGCGUCGGCGAGCUCGUCCUCUCCGAUAAAGGCGAGCUGCACUCCAACCCCGAGGCGACGCUCUACCGCCCCGUCGCGGUGCGCCUCGUGCGCCCACACCCGCCCGAAGGCCCCGCGCACUACCUUCCCUGCUCAGCGACGUACCUCCCCAUCCCGCUCGACACGGAGCAGCACCGCCUUCUCGUCGAGCUCGCGUUUACGCACGGGCUGAGCCUCGGCAUGAAUGCGUGGAAGAUGCUCUUCAUCGAGAGCAUGAUGAAGGCGGUCCGCAACCCGUUUUACUCGCCCGCACUGCACAUGGCGAUCGUGUGUACUGGCCUGCGGUAUUGUCGGGAUCCAGCAGUGUACACCCGCUACCUCGCGGAUGGGCAGGGGUUCAAGGACCGCGGGAUGCUGUUCCUCGACGCCGCCAGGCGUGAGGUGGAGAAGGAGACCGCGAAUCCGAUGUUGUCGACCAUCAUGGCGUGGUUGCUUCUAUGUGCGACAUAUGUGCACAUGAGUCUUGACGAACUAGGAGGCCAGGCUUAUGCCCAAGGGGCAUUCAUGGCUGCCGACUUCCGCGUACACCAGCAAUGCGACGAGCAGCUCAAGGCAAUCAAGGAGCCGCUGCGCGGUAUGCUCGACAUGGCGCGUCGGGACGUAUACGGGUACUGUCUUGCCAUCAGCGGCUGGUGGGCAGCCUACUAUUCCCGCCCCAUGCUCCCCUUCGUCGACACGCCGACGCAGCACAAGUCACGCCUGCACGGCGAGUGCGGGCCGCACCCGACGCCGAGCCACAUCACAUCACACGCGUUCCAGCGGCACAGCGUGCUAAGCCACAUCAUGCUACAGGUCGUGCGCUGCAACCACGGCACAAGGAUGAGUGCGCGUGCCCGCGCAGAGUGUGUCGCCCGCCUCCGCCGAGAGCUCGAGGCGUGGCGCGAGAACAUGCCCACAUGUCUGGCGUGGCCGCCGCCCGAACACGAGUUGGAGCCCAUCAGUCCAAGUGUCGUGACCCUCUUUGCGCUGUAUAACGCCCUCGUAAUCCACCUCCUCCGGCCGUACGCCAUCGAGCGCUCGUCCCGCGGCGGCCUGACGGGGCCCGAGUGGGGCGGCCUCGUCUUCGAGGACGCGCUCGACACAUGUUUCCUCGCCGCCGCCCAAAUCAUCCAGCAGGUCCACUACAUCCGCGACAAGCACGGGAUGUGGGCGGCGCCAAGUAAUAUCCAGGACUGCAUUUACCACGCCUCGACAAUCCUCGUGUUUGAAGCCUCGGGACUGGUGCCCGCUGAACCCGCUGCUGUGGGCGUCGCCCUCGGGUCCCUCGCGUACGGGCAUCAGGCACUCACGGAGCUCGCGGAGACAUGGCCGGCUGCAGCACAAGCUGCCGAGUCCAUACGCAUGCUGCAGGCGCAGUAUUGCGUGAGUGUGUGAAGAACCCCCACUCCCACUCGUACAGCCCAUUCUAGUCUAAUACACAUACACCAUCUCGUCGUUCUGGAAGUCGGUGAGGUCGAGCAGGGCGUUCUGGCCGAGCCGCACGCCGUCGGUGGCAUCCUGCACGUCCUCGUGCG